CAUCAGGGAGAAUGUGGCUUGUUGCAUACGAAGAAGUUCUGGUUUUCAACUUCACAAUAAAAUGAUUGCAUAGCCGUUUCGCCCGUUAUUAGCCUCGAGGCCCCGGCAGAGUGAAUAGCGUGUCAAUAAGUACAGCUCGAAUUACAAAAUCACAGCUCUAUUCGUUUAAAUCAAUUUAGGACGUUUUAGAUAAAAUUUAAAAAUGGUUAUACAAAAAAUUUGCUGUCUCGGUGCUGGCUACGUCGGCGGUCCUACGUGCAGUGUGAUUGCGUUAAAAUGCCCUAAUAUUAAAGUGACUGUUUGCGACAAAAGCGUAGAGAGAAUAAAUCAGUGGAACUCCGAUAAAUUGCCGAUCUACGAGCCCGGUUUAGAUGAUGUUGUCAAGCAAUGUCGAGGUAGGAAUCUAUUUUUCUCGACCGACAUUGAAACUAGUAUCGUGGAGGCCGAUUUAAUUUUCAUCUCAGUGAAUACGCCGACUAAAACGAUCGGUAAUGGCAAAGGCAGAGCUGCUGAUCUUAAAUACAUCGAGGGCGCUGCCCGUAUGAUCGCGGACAUCGCUACGAGUAACAAAAUCGUUGUAGAAAAAAGUACCGUACCAGUGAAAGCGGCUGAAAUUAUCAUGAAAAUAUUACGCGCUAACACGAAGCCCGGUGUCGAGUAUCAGAUAUUGUCAAAUCCCGAAUUUUUGGCUGAGGGUACAGCUAUUGUGGAUCUCGUUGAAGCUGAGAGGGUGCUUAUUGGCGGCGAAGACACACCUGAGGGUCAAAAAGCUGUACAGGCUCUCUGCUGGGUGUAUGAACACUGGAUUCCAGCAAAAAAUAUCUUAACAACCAACACCUGGAGUUCAGAGUUGUCUAAGCUGGCUGCUAACGCCUUUUUAGCUCAAAGAAUCUCCAGUAUUAAUUCACUAUCUGCUGUCUGUGAGGCUACAGGUGCUGAUGUGUCUGAAGUUGCUAGAGCUGUGGGUAGAGAUUCUCGAAUUGGCCCUAAAUUCCUUGAAGCAUCCAUCGGUUUCGGAGGCAGCUGCUUCCAGAAGGAUAUUCUUAAUCUCAUCUACUUAUCAGAAUGUCUGAAUUUACCAGAAGUAGCUGCGUAUUGGCAGCAAGUCGUCAACUUAAAUGAUUAUCAGAAAACAAGAUUCACUCGUAAAGUUAUUGAGUCAUUAUUCAACACGGUCGCUGACAAAAAAAUUGCUGUACUUGGAUUUUCGUUCAAGAAAAAUACUGGAGACACACGAGAAUCCCCGGCCAUUUAUGUAUCAACAACUUUACUAGACGAAGGGGCGAAAUUACAUAUCUACGACCCAAAAGUAGAACAUGAUCAAAUAUACUACGAAUUACUCCAUCCACAAGUCACAAAUGAACCAGAAUUAGUUCGUAAGAAUAUAGAAAUUCACGAUUCAGCAUAUUCAGCUGUAUCAGGGGCCCAUGCGAUCGUAUUAUGCACAGAAUGGGAUGAAUUCAAAUCUCUAGACUAUAAGAAAAUAUAUGAAGUUAUGAUGAAGCCCGCUUACAUAUUCGAUGGUCGUAAAAUUUUGGAUCACGAAGCAUUGUUGAAUAUCGGUUUCCAUGUGCAGACAAUUGGGAAGAGAUUGUCGAGGACGAGUAGCAUAAGAGCACAAGGCAGCCAAACGAUGCCCUAGGUGUUAAACUCACUAUACGAAAACUCAGUAUACAAUCUACUAUUUUAACUAUGGACUUCGAUAUAUAAGGUAAAAAAAAAUAGCUCAAACAUUUAUUUUUAAUCUGUGACGUUAACGAAACGACGGAUAAUAUUGAUGUGGUUUUUAUUUUGGCAUAAUUCUUUGUGCCUUUGCUAGAGAUGUUUAUGUUUUUUUUUUUUUCUUGGAUUUAUAUAAGGAUUGAGCUAUUUUUAAAUUGUCAAAAUCGUGAAAUAUUUUUAUCGGACAAAUAUUGUAAUAAUUGUAUCGCUAGCCUAAACAUUUUAAGAAAUUUUAUUUUUUAUAGUUUAUUUUAAUGAUAGCUAAUAUUAUCUGUAUGAUAUAUAGUUUAAUUACUCUGUAUUUAAAUACUCUUGACCGGUUUUUAAUGGAAACGUAUUUUUGAAUUUAGAACACGCACAAUUUCGUUUUCAAAUAACCAAUGCUUAAAACGUAUAUGUUAUCUGUGACUCAACGGUAUACAGUAUCUAAUCCUACCCCCUCGGACUGUUGACGAGUUUCAUCCACACCUAGAACGAAGUUGAUAAAGACGAUGAAUCUUGGUAUGGGAGAUAGUGUGACUCCCUGACACAGGGUAGGAUGAUGUCGGUUUUGUAAAUUUUGCGCGUGUAAAGCCAUGCGUCCAGCUAGUGUUAUAUAAAUAUCUAAUUAGCUUUUUAUAAAACUCAUAUGAAUAAUUUAUGUUAAUGUAUAUGAUAAAUUUUUAUAUGUAUGUUUUAUGAGCCAGCCGUCCUAUUUCUCGUACAUCAAAAGAAUAACUUAGACAUUAAUUAGAAGUCAUUAUAAAAAAUGACAUUUUUUUAAUUGACCUUUGUUUAAUUAUAUCAAUAUUUAAUAUAUUUUUUUAUUUAUAUUGUAAAAGGUUAAUAUAUUAAUUAAUAAAAGUUAACCCGUAUAAGAAUUCCAAUUAGAGCAAUUAAAAAAAAACCAAUAUGUAAAUUUGACUUGUCAUUGUGUAUCCCAGUGUUCCUUGUGCCUGUCAUUACACUGGCUCACUCACACUCCGAACACAACAGUUCUGCUGUAUGACCAGGGGUGUUAAGUUCAACUAAUGUUCUUAAUUUAAAGUUUUUAGGUUGAAUAGGUUUCGCCUUAGCGUUGAUAGUCAGAGAAAUUAUUUUAUGUGUUUUGAAUAUUAAUACGAAGUUGUUUGUUCGGUUUUGUAUUCGUUUUUCAUUAAAUACUGGUCGAUUUGUAUAAAUACGUUUGUAAUGUCUCAAAUAAAAAAUCGAAUCUAUGCAUUACGUAUAAUUCAUUAAGUAUUCUUUUAUUCGAAUGAAAAACACAGACACGUCGGAUAUGGCAACAUUUAGUACCUUAUUAUUUAUUUAUGAGUAUUAUUUAUAUCUUGACGUUAAUGAUUCUGUGUGUUUAAUAAUUAUUUUUACAUGUAUGUCUCGAUAAUAUUGCAUUUGUAUAAGGUGACGUGUUAUCGGGUAACUAAUUCGAUGUAUUUUUUGUUAUUUUGUCGGAGGAUCGCUAUGAUUUUUAAAGAUUAGUUUUUGUUACACUUCAACCUUCUGGAUCUCUGCUGCCGUGCGAACAAAACGUCUUAGUGUGUAGAAAUACA